AUGGAGCAAGAACUCCUAUCACACCUGGCCGGCACUCAGUCGCCUAGGUCUGAUAUCAGAAAAGCCGCAGAGCUUCAGCUGCAGAACCUGUACUCCAAUGAAUCCUUCCCAAUCUCCCUCACAGCCAUUGCCUCUCACGCGUCUGUCCCCGUGAACCUCCGCCAAUCCUCGCUUUCUAUACUGCGUACCUUCAUCGCGGCCUCGUGGUCCCCGAAUCUCGACGAAUUCCAAGGCCAGAUCCGCGUGAACGAUGCAAACAAGGCUCAGAUUCGACAGGCAUUGCUCGAGCUUGCUACGACCAUCGAGACCCCCGAGCGCAAGGUCAAGGCAUCUGCAAGCUACGCAGUCAGUAAAAUUGCCAGUGCCGAUUUCCCCGAUGACUGGCCGGAAUUGCUGCCUUCCCUAUUGCACAUUAUCAACGACCCCGCUACCAGCGAUGGCGCAUUGCAUGGAUCGUUGAAGGUUCUGUUGGAUUUGGUUGAUACUGGAUUCGGGGAGGAACAGUUCUUUAGUGUUGCUCGUGACCUGGUUUCUUCUCUCUUUUCUGUCGCUACAUCGGUGUCACGCCGGCCGAUGCUGCGUGCUCUCUCAGUCGCAGUAUUCCGUUCGUGCUUUGAUACGCUAGAAAUGGUUUUGGAGCAGCACAAAGUUGCCAUAAAGGAAUUUGUAGAUGAGGUUCUCACUGCAUGGUCGCCAUUCUUCGUUGAGAGUCUGAAGAGCCCUCUUCCUCAACCCCCAGGUGAGGAGGAGGCCAAUAAGGAGGGUGAAAUUGCUUCACAAUGGCGUGGGGCCGUUGGCCUGAAGCUGCAAAUCGUCAAGACUAUUAUGAAGAUCCGCAUGGUGUUCCCAGGUCUUUUAACACCCCAAAGUCCGAACUAUUUCUCAACUGUUUGGGCUGAGCUUACCAACGCUUUAUCCACCUACCAAGAUUUCUACAUUGAGAAUGAACGCCAAGGUCGUCUGGAAGAUGUCGAUGGGCUUCCCUUCUCACUCGAUUUCCUUGUUCUGGAAGAGCUGGACCUGAUCCAAACACUUCUUAAGGCGCCUCCAGUCAAGGCUGAGCUACAAAAACAACUUCAAAAUUCUGGUGAAGGAGCCAGUUCCUCUACCUGGCUGCCUGAGAUUAUGAAACUCGCUAGCUCAUAUGCUCAAAUUACCAGUGAAGAAGAGGGCCUAUGGGAGAUUGAUGUCAACCUCUUUUUGUCCGAGGAAACCUCCGUUACGGCUAACUACACUCCUCGCACAUGCAGUGGCGAUCUGGUUAUUAAAAUUGGAGAAUGGCUGCACGCCACAACGGCAGAGGGCCUUCUGAGCCAUCUGAAUGAAGUGUUUGCCAAUUCUUCUGCUUCGUGGAAAGCGCGCGAGUCGUCUCUUUAUGUGCUCAAUGUCUUGUUGCGUGACUUCCAUGAGGCAAACGAACAAAUUUCCCCAGAACUAGCCACUCAUUUCAACCAGUUCGUCCACUAUGCCAUCCAGCAAGAGCAAGAGCUUUUGCGCGCACGGGGCUACCUUGUGGCUGGUGCUCUCUCCAGGGUUGCAGGCGAUACAUUCCAUAUGACUACCUCUUACUUGGAGGCUACAUUGAAAGCUAUUGCGGAGGAUCCCGCCGAGGUUGUCAAGGUCGCUUGUAUUCGAGUCUUGCAAGAUCUCAUGCCAACUCUGCCUACCUCUGUGGCCCGCAACUUCCAGACUACUGUCAUCUCAGCCAUCUCAGAAUUUGUUUCAGCACAUGAUCUACGCGAAGAAGGAGAGAGUGACGACCUCAAGAUCACCCUAGCGGAGACUCUCCGGGAUACCAUCAUGGCGGAUUCGACUGUGGUUUUGUCAUCCAUCGCCAUCGAUGUCCUCUUCAACAUCGCCAGCAGUGGGGCCGAGAACUUCCAAUUGACUAUGACUAUUACCGAGGCGUUCGAGGAUAUUGUAGACCAGAUCGCCGAACAUGGCCCCGAAGCAUACAUGCGACUUUGCGAAAAGGUCCUCCCCUCUCUAAUGGGUGCCAUUGAUGUUGGUAACCUCACCGAUGAAAACGCCUUGACCACCUUCGCGGCAGAUCUGCUUCGUGCUCUCACCGAGCGAGCCCUGGACCCUAUGCCAGCUGGGUUUGUGGAAACCAUCAUGCCAAAACUGAACCGCCUUCUUUUAGACUCCGAUGAGGCUGAGCUCAUCCGACCCGCGACAGAGGCUGUCCGUCACAUGCUUGCGCACGACUUCACGCAAUUUAUUGCUUGGCGUGACCCGCAGUCUGGCAAGGAGGCUAUUGAGGUUGUGCUGAUAAUCAUCGACCGUCUCCUAGGACCUGCCGUGGACGACAAUGCUGCCACAGAGGUCGGUCAGCUUGCGGCCGAGCUGGUGGAACGGGCCGGUUCAGAGCGACUGGGUCCUUACUUGCCCCAGCUUCUACAGGCAGUGGCCCAACGAUUAGCGACCGCCAAGCAGGCUCAAUUUAUCCAAAGUCUGAUCCUGGUUUUCGCCCGAUUGACUCUCAUCAGCGCCCGAGAGGUGGUAGACUUCCUUGCGCAGAUCGACCUGGGUGGUUCCAGUGGCCUUGUGGUUGUUUUGAGCAAAUGGCUGGAGAACUCAGUCAACUUUGCAGGCUACGAUGAGAUCAAACAGAACAUCUUCGCGCUGGCGCAUCUGUAUGAGCUCUCCGAUCCCAGACUGUCCGAGGUUCCCGUAAAGGGUGACCUGAUCAUUCAAAACACUGGCCGCAUUAAGACUCGUUCACAGGCUCGUACUGACCCCGAUCGAUACACAACGGUGGCAGCACCCUUGAAGAUUGUUAAGGUGCUCAUUGAGGAGCUGGGAGCUGCUUCUGGCAACAGUCAAAUUGAUGCUGCGGCCCGUGAACUUGACGAUGCCGAUAGCGAUGAUGGUGACGACGACUGGGAAGAUGUGCCUGGCCAGACCCUGGAUCUUGGUCUGGGAGUCACCAAACAAGAGUUGAUGGGCUGGGGAGAGGGCGGUUCUGAGAGUGUCUUUGGGGUGCGUCAGCGUGACGAUCAGACGCAGGGUUUCCUUGAGAACUUCUUCCGUCAAGUCUCUACACAACCCGGAUUCCAGGAACUAUAUGGAGCUCUGACUCCGGAUGAGCAGAGCAAGCUCCAGAGCUUAGCUUAG